AUGGACGAGGGCCGCCGGCGCGAUAACUCUGUCGAGGAGUUAGACAGUGCGGCUACGACGUUGCUUGCCAGUCCGGACAUCUCUCCAAAAGCGCAUUCUUCCGUGCACGAGGAUGGCAGGGCGAAGAGAUAUGCGGAUGUGGAAUUGGAGAGGUUUGACGAGAGCAUGAGGAGGCGGCGGAACACUUGGGAUGCUCAGGCGGAGACGGAAGGAGAAGAAGAGGACGAGGAUCGGACUGUGGUUGGAGAGAACGAGGGUCUCUUGGCGCACGACAACGACACGACGCUUCGAGCCUUGAGCGAUGCGGCCGAAUGCUCGAGCGUGCUGGGUGGUGAAGAGGAGGCUCCAGCACCUCCCACAGACACGACACAAGAGAAGAGACAGGUAUCAUGGAAAGAGCUCCCGAGGAAAGGACAGCUCGCCAUUUUGACCCUCGCUCGACUCUCGGAGCCUCUGACCCAAACAUCCCUCCAGUCAUACAUGUUCUACCAGCUCAAGUCCUUCAAGACUGCUACAGGCAACGCGCCGUCGGAUAGUACGGUCGCGAGGCAAGCGGGCUUGCUCGCGGCAGCAUUCACAGGCGCACAGUUCCUUACCGCCAUCAUGUGGGGACGACUCGCGGACAGCGAGAUGUUUGGCCGUAAACGCGUGAUCCUGAUUGGCCUUUUGGGCACCGCGAUUGGCAGUCUGGGCUUCGGAUUCAGUGAGUCCUUCGCUGUGGCCAUGCUCUGGAGAGCAGCGGGCGGGAUGCUCAACGGCAACAUGGGCGUUAUGAGGACCAUGAUCUCGGAGAUUGUCAAGGAGAAGAAGUUCCAGAGUCGUGCAUUCUUGUUGCUGCCCAUGACGUUCAAUAUUGGCGUUAUCGUGGGUCCGUUGCUUGGUGGUCUGCUGGCAGACCCGGCCGGGGUCUAUCCUGGGACAUUUGGACCCGGGGGGACGCUUGGCGGCAAAGACGGCGUAUGGUUGUUCGUGAGAUGGCCCUACGCGCUACCCAAUCUGGUCAAUGCAACUUUCCUGUUGGCGAGCGCGGUCGGUGUCGUUCUUGCACUGGAGGAGACUCUCGAAGGGCUGAAGGACAACCCUGAUUACGGCAGACGACUGGGGAGCUGGAUCAUGAGGACUCUCUUCAGGAGGAAGACACACCGGGACUACACCUCCCUUGCAGAGCACGAGCACGCCGGCGAAAUCGAACUGGGCACGCAGCAGGCACAAAAGCCCAAAUCGCGUGCCAAGCUUCCCUUCCGUCGCAUCUGGACGAAGAACGUCCUCUUCACCCUCCUCUGCCAUGGCCUUCUCGCAAUGCAUGUCGGCACCUUCAGUAACCUCUGGUUCGUCUUCCUCUCGACACCACGCUAUACCACUCAUCAAUCCGAACUGCACCUUCCCGAGGACUACCACCCCGAACUACCUUUCACGUUCACCGGCGGCCUCGCCCUGCCUCCACCCGCAAUCGGAACGGCCCUGGCAAUCCUCGGAGUAAUAGGCAUAACUCUCCAGCUCCUGCUCUUCCCGCGCCUGUCCUUCCGCCUCGGAACCCUCCGAUCCUUCCGCCUUUCGCUCUGCUUCUUCCCAUUCUCCUACUUCCUCGCGCCUUUCCUCGCCAUCAUCCCCACAACAAUGGAAGCACCCCAUCAAGCCAGCGGGACCCUCGUCUGGAUCGGCAUAACAUUCGUCCUCACCAUCCAAGUCAUCGCGAGGACAUUUGCGUUGCCCAGCACGGCUAUUCUGGUGAAUAACUCGAGUCCGCACCCCUCGGUCCUGGGAACGAUACAUGGGAUCGCGCAGAGUGUCAGCUCGGCGACGAGGACGAUUGGGCCGGUCUUGUUUGGUUGGAUCUAUGGCGUUGGGCUGGAGAAGGGAAUAGUGGGGACUGCGUGGUGGUCCAUGGCGUGUGUUGCGAUCGUCGGCGCUUUCGCUGGUCGGUUUGUACAGGAGGGAGAUGGGCAUGAGAUAUGGUUAUCUGGGGACAAGGACGAGGAGGACAAGGGCUGA